AGCCUCUCAAGUAGCUGGGACUACAGGCAUGCGUCACCAUGCCUGGCUGGUCUCGAACUCCUGACCUUGAGCGAUCCACCUGCCUUGGCCUCCCAGAGUGCUAGGAUUACAGGCGUGAGCCACCGCGCCCGGCCUUGA